AUGUUCGAAAGAAAAAAGAGCGGCAAUGUUGUGUAAGUUAAUAUACCUAAGUUAGUAUGUUAUUACUACUUUUUGAAUAAGCUUUUUUUAAAUUUUAGUUUAACAUUUUGAAAUGUUAAGAUAUUUACAAUAUCUAUUGAUAUGCCUAUCUUUUCAGAGUAUGUCGCUUCUACAACAAGAACUACAAGUCAUCGAAGGAUCGCGAGCGCUGCGAACCGGAAGGACAAUAUAUUGUAGCGAAGGAACACUUUCUCUACCUUCCUUCUAGACAUGAUAUACCAUCCCGAAUGUUCAGGACGCACGAUUCUGUGGAAAAGGAUAAUAUACAACUGUUCGACAUACCAGCGGGGGUGAACGAAGACUCGGAUACAUUUGCAUAUGUAAAGAAUGGAGAAUGUAGUGAAGUACAGUUUGCGACAAACGUCUGGAAACAACUGCCAUGUGAUAAAACGAAGUUCAGUAUCAAAUAUGGAAAAACAAACUAUUAUAGCUUGGUAGGUUCAUAACAUAAUGUAAAGGUUGUUAUUUGAAGGCUUUAAUUAUUCUGGGUAAGGCUACGAAAGUUUUUGGCCUAUAAGGUAGGGGUAGUGCUGAUAAUUCUGGCCUGGAGAAGGGAAGGGGUAGAUUAAAUGUUAAUCUUUAGACUCUGCUCGUUUUAACUUUAGCUUAAGACCGGCCCGGCUCGAUCGUAGGACGGGGCUGGGCUGAGUCCAGCCUACACGACCCGUUUCUCAUCACUAUCAGUGUGUACAGGGUUAAGAAAAAUUUAAAAUAAAUUAUUGAACGUAAUGUCAUGUUUUUAGACUUACAUUGCUGCCCGCACCGGCUGUGAAUUCAACAUUGACAGGGAUCAAUUACUGAAUACCUACGUUAGGUUCCGUACAUCUGAUUAUUCUGAAGAGUGGGUUUUGAACUCUGAUAAGUUUGAUUUUGUUAAUGAACGUUUGUCUUUGUUUUUUACAAUUUUUUCAUAAGUUUUAGGUCUAUUUUAACAUUUUUUGCUAAUUUAGGUAACAAAGAAAAAAUUAUAUUUAUGAUAAAUUUUUGUCAUUAUAAGUACAGUAAAAAUUUUGUAGUAUGAUACUCAAGAGACUGGUUAUACCUGUCUUUAUAAAGAGAAUGUCAUUUACCCAGGUACAUUUUGGUAGGAGUUUUAUUACAAAGGGCGUUCAGAAAGCUGUCAUUAUAAGGAGAGUGUGACAUUAUCUAGGGUCAUAUUAAGAGGUUUCACUGUACUUGAAAUGAUAUGUUUGCUAUGGUUGCUUAAUUGCAAUUUACAGUUAAUCGUUGGUUAAUAAUGCCCAAUUUCAGGACGGAUUUAUCCAUACUUUACAUUUGUAUUGGUGUAAUUGCUGGUAUUGUUUUACUGUGCGUCGUUUGCGUUGUAUGCUGUAAAUGUAUCUCAUGGAAGAAGAAGAAGGCUGGGGUAGGUGUCUGGUUUUUAAAUGUUUUUUUUACUUAAACUUCUUGAUUUAUCCAUCUGUAGAUCGGCUACAGCAAAAUUUUUGGCAUGUUGUAUUUUUUUACUUUAUGUUUUUGCUGAGUUAAAGUACCUUUUUAAGGUCGUUUAACGUAUUAAAAAUGCUUUUAUAAACUUUAUUUUGAAUUUACGUUUGCCCUUGUAUAACGUAUUUGUUUAAGGCUCCAAAGAAAAAGAAGAAGAGCAAGGAAAAGAAGAAGAAGAAGAAGAAACCUAAGAAGGAAACGACAGAAGUAGAAGAAACAGAAUCCCAAACGGUAGAAAAGAAAAAGAAGAAACCGAAAAAGAAAAAGAAGACCAAGAAAGAAACGACAGAACAAGAAGAGACAGAAUCACAAUCGCAAACAGCAGAAAAGAAGUCGAAAAAGAAGAAAGAUGAGACGAAUAAUGAAGAAACCAAUGAAAAGGGAGAGACUGAAAAGAGCAAAAGCAAGGUAGGGCAUUAUAUUAUAUAAGGACACAUCUUUGGGGAAGUAUACUUUUUUUGGGGGAGGGGGCAGCGUAGAAUAUGGCUUUAAAACAGUUUUUAGCUGAUGGUAGGUGACUGGAGGGUAAGGUAAGGUAGAAUAAAAAUGCAUGGUAGGGUAGGGUACGGUAGGGUAGGAUAGGAUAGGAUAAGGUGGGGUAGAGUAGAGUACGGUUGGGUAUGGUAUGCUAGCACAGGGAAGGAUAGAUCAAAUACAAGAAGAGUAGAUCAAAGUAAAAUAUAUUUAUUGCCAAUUCAUGUACAGAGCGGUAAAAGUGGUCAAAGUGGUUCGAAUCCUCCUCAAUCACCUAAACAGCAAAGUUCAAAUCCAAAAAAGAGGACCGUUCAUGAUGUGAUACCACCAUACGAAGGACUCGGCAAAGCUGUUGGUAAAUCUCCGUCUAAGUCCAAAGACAGUAAGACCAAGAACUCGAAGGACAAAGACGGCUUCUCAAUGCAAACCUUCUGA